CCUUGGUGAUUCUAUGAUUCUAUAAAACUAGAGCUUCACAGCCCUGGAGAUCUUGUAUUCAUUCUUUCUAAAGAUAGAAGAAAGAAAGCAUUCUCAGUAGUUCUUUUUCUCAGAAUACUGGAAAAAGCUGAUAUUUGAGACAGAUACUAGAGAAAGCCAAACUUCAUGCAGUAAGUAAACACUGUUGAUUAGAUACAAGAACCUCUAAAGCAGUCUUUAGUGUUCAUGCUUUGGUUUAAUAUAUAAGAGGUUCUAUCCACUCUAGGAUCAGAUUUGUACCUGGUCACUGGAUGUCUCUAAGAAAUUAAGCAUCAUUAACACUCAAGUCAGUAUGCUUUACAUUUACUAGCUGAAUCAGCUGUAUUAUCAUACUAACUGUACUUGAUUUACAUAAUACUGCUACACAUGCUUCAUUUUAUACUCAUUUAACACAGUAAAAUUACUCUUGGGACAAAGCAUCUUACCGAAAAAGAGGAGAGGAGCAGGAUCACUUCCCUUGACCUUCUAGUUAUGCUUCUUUUGAUACAGCCCAGGACAUGAUUGGCUUUAACUGUGCUACGAGAGUACAUUACUGCCUCUUGUUCAGCUUGCUAUCUGUUAAUACUCCCAAAUCCUUUUCAGUAGAGCUGUGUUCUAUUGUUUUAUACCGUAGCUUGUAUUGAUAGCACAACCCAGGUGCAAGGCCAUGCACUUGGCUUUCUUAAACCCUGUAAGGUUCACCUGAGUCCGCUGUUUGAGUCUCUCUCUGAAUGGCACCCUAUUCCCCAGGUGUGUAGAUCACACAAUCUGGUAUCAUCUACAAAUUUGCUGAGCAUGGACAUGAUCCCACUGCUGUUGUUGAUGAAGAUAUUAAAUAGCACCCCUUGUACAGACCUGAGUGGUAUCAUUCUUCACUCCAUCCAGGCAUUGAGCCACUGACAAACUCUCCAAACAUGAUCUUGUAACCAGUAGGAGCUGUGCCUCACCACUAGCCCGAUUUCAUCUGCUUCAGAGCUUUUAGGGUUGCCACCCCAUUUCAUAUGGUUCUAUUGGGAGUCCUUGCUCCUGUUCAGGGGUUGCCUACUUAUUGCCACUAUUUGCUUGGCCUAGUGGCUGAAAUAGGUCUCUCAGAUAGCCCCCAUGGCUUCUGGGCUGUGUUUUCCUUGUUGCUGACUCUGCAGGUGGCUUUGAUGAGCUGGCUUGUCCCACUGCUCACACAAAGCUUGUUAUUGAGUGGGUCAUUAACAAUGCUGCCUCCAGCUGUGUUGGUUUGGAUGCAGGGCAGUUGUCCAUCUGGCAUGGAUGCAGUGAGCAUGGAGGAGGAAUGAAUGCUGAAAGGGAUGGGUAAGGGUUGGGCUUCAGGAAUACAGCACCAGCUCAUGUUAAUUACUGGAGAGAAGGUGCCUGGCAAUGAGCCUAAUGAGCAACCUCAGGAGAAAAUAAGAACCCUGUUGUUUCUUCCUCCAGGCUGUUAUCUGGGCAGUAAUCCUACCAAGCCUGGACUGGUACUUGCAAGAUGGGUAAUGAGAGCCCUUGCCCCAGGGAUAGCUGCUAUCUAAUCUGGUGCACUGUCUGAAAGUUGUUCUGUUAAUGUAAUAAUUGACUGUUUUAUUUCUCUUGAUGUGUUGUUUUUUAGCUAUCUUCUACUAUUUGAUAUCUGUUAGCAUAAUGCAGUCAGUGCUCUUUAUUAAACUUUGACUUUGUCUAUUUUUGUCUUCAGGUGCCUACUUCAUUGCCUGUCCUUAGUCUGGGGGAUGUUUUUGGUUCUUUUUUUAUUUCUUUGUAGAGUGUAAGGACAGCAAGGAGGGCUUAUCACUGAAUACUGAGCACUUUGUGCUGAUCUUCUUGAUGGACACAGUAUGGGAAGUUGAUGCACUAGUUACAUUCCAAAUUGCAACUAUAAAAGAAGUUGGGGAUACUCUGGAAACAGAAGAUAAGACAAGCCUUGUGAAGGAGGAAGCUAGUAGUUACUGUAUGCUGCAGUCCUCUGCGUCAGCUUCUCAAGACUCAACAGCUCUUCCACUCAACCUUGCCUCAGUGUUUGGGCAGUUGUCAGAUUUCCUUAACAACAUAAAUUCUGUGCCUCCUCUUCCUGUGGUUAUGUUUGCGCAGGCACCCACAGAUGAUUCAGGGUCACUCAGACAGCACGAAGGUUAUUACUCUGAUGUGACUGCAAAUGAGGCAAAGAAAAAUAAAAAAAGCAUAAGUGGAAUGUGUGCUGCAAAGGCACCUAGUGCAGUCUCUGGAGAACUCUGCAGGCUGGCACCGUUAGAGGAUGUACAUGGCCCAACUGCUUGCAGGUCAGUUCUAUGUACUUCAGACAGUAUUGUAGGCCAGCAGUCCUACAAGGUAUCUUCAUUGCUGGAAUCUGGAAGUAGUCGUGGUGAGAACAAGCAGAAAAAAGAUAUAUGUGAGGAUCCAGAAAUUCUACUGCCGGUCAAGAAGAAGACACGUACCUUCUAUAGUGCAGAACAACUAGAAGAGUUGGAGAAGGUGUUCCAAGAAGAUCGUUACCCUGACAAUGAGAAAAGAAGAGAAAUCGCAACUGUGGUUGGGGUGACACCACAGCGUAUCCUGGUCUGGUUUCAGAAUCGUAGGGCAAAGUGGCGAAAAACAAAGAAGUCGAGUGCCAAAGGCAGCAAAAAAUACUCAACACCAGCAGCUCUGUCUGGGUCAAGCAGCUGUGGGGCACCUCUUCUGCCAGUGCCUCCAUCGCCUGAUCAGUCUGCCAUAUUAAGUGUAGACACUAAAGCUGGGAACUGUUCCUGCAAGCUCAGUGAGUGUUCUGAAUUGCUUGCUUCUUCCUCAGUCUCUCCAGUGACUGGAAUGACAGCAUCUUGCGAAGCAGUUCAGACAAAGGUGUUGCUGCAGUGUGACUUCAGUUCCAGCAGGGUGGAGUGCUUCCCCAGCCUUCCCAGUCCUCCACCCAUUCGCAGGGCCAGCCUGCCUCUCUGUGUUUCAUUCAGCCCCUACAGUCACAUUGUUCCACUGAUGCUGGAUGCUCCCAACAGUGAAUGUAGCUUGUCCAGUCAGGAAAACAGCUCCAAGGAGGCCUUCACUUACAGCAUCCAGAAUCAAGGCUUGUGUUCACCAGUUUCUCUUGAGCAGCUGGACUUCAUAGGCAGUCUAGAGACCCCAUACUGCCAAUAUGGCAGCCAGCAUGGAACUUACCAGCUGUCCCAACAUCCACAGCAGCACCAGUGUUCCCAGUUCCACUGUCUGCCAUUUCACUUGCCAAGCAGCAUCUCCAGCAUUCACCUCCCUUCAACAACGCCAACUGAGUCCAGUGCAUCUUUCCUUACCUUACCUGGAAGCAGUGGAAUGGUAACCGAUGGGCCAGCAAGAGCUGCACAAGGCUAUGUACAAAACCAUAUGGGGGAACAGCCUGUGUUACAGUGGCUGAAUGGAAGCUCAGCUAAAUUUCUGCAAUCUUGACAUCUCACUCCUCAGGAGUAAGUGUCACCUGAAAGCCUCAGGGUGAUCAGUGGUUUUACUGAUGACUGAGAGAAAGAAGGAAUCUGUGAAUACAUGCAUAAUAUAUGUAAUUUUUUUUUUUUUCUUCCCCCUCCUUUUCCUAUAAUCUUUUGCUCUCUUAAAUGAGUUGUGACCCAUUAAUUUGAAUCCAAAGUUACUUCUUAGGCUAUAUGUUAGAGAAAAUAUUACUGUGUAUGUAUGUUAGGUAUAGCAGUGGUUUCAUCUGGAUUGGAGAGCAAUUUACCUUUUUCAGAAGAAUACUGAACAAACAUGCCUAUGGUGUAUGUAUAGUGGUAAAUAAUGAAAAAUGAAAAGGUUUCACAGGAGACUGAGUAGUUGGAGGGAACAAGAAAAAGAGGGAAGAUGGUGGAAAAAAGUGGAAGACAGUCAGAGGCCAAGUGAAUUUUUUUUUUUUUUUAAUUCUCUGAUAGGAAUUUGUGUUAUCUCUUAGAAUAAAGCAAUUCAGCAUAAUUUUCUAAGUAAGUAGGUAGAAAUGGCAAUGUUGGUAUCCUUUUGUAUCUUUGAUCUGUAUUCAAAAUUUGUUCAAGUCCUGGUAUGAUCAAAAGUUAAUGCUACUGCCAUUUAUUCAGUUUGUCUGUCAGAUUUGUUAAAUAAAAAUCACAGUCUAAAAAAAAAAGCCUCUCACCCAAUAAAAGAACAAAAUCUUUUCAGAAUACA